AUGGCUCGGACCCCGACGCUGUUAUUUAUCCACGGUGCGUGGCAUAGCCGCGACUGUUGGUCCAAGGUUAUCCCUGCACUCGAGAAACACGGCUAUCGUUGUCUCGCCCCCCAGGUUGAAUUCUGCGGUACAGAUACUCCAGUCGGCUCUCUCACUGGAAGUAUAAGUCAGAUUCAAAGCAUCAUUGCCGACGAGACGAGAAAUGGACGCAAUGUUGUUCUGAUUAACCAUUCCUUUGGCGGCGCGGUGGGCUGUUCGGCUGUCAAGGGCUUCACGGAGAAGGAUCCAUCGCGUCUAAACAGCAAUCCCGGCAGAGUCGUUGGCAUCAUCCAGCUCUGCGCCUUCAUGCCACCGUCGAAAACCUCCCUGUAUGACGUUCUCCGUCCGGUCAUCGAUUCCGGCGCGUGCUUUCACUAUGCAGGUCCGGAUGGCUGGGAACAUAUCGAAACCAACGCCGACCCCAAUGAUUUGUUUUAUAACGAUCUUUCUCCCGAGGUAGCUGAGAGCUGGAAAGGACGCCUGUUGAAGCAGUCCACUGGUUGCUUUACAGAUCGUGACAAUAUCUACGCUGGGUGGAUGGAUGUGCCAGUCUCUUAUAUUGUUGCCACCCAGGACCAUGCGAUCCCCGUCCAAUCCCAGGAAGCAUUGAUUGCGGCGGCAAAGUCGGCUGGUGCCUCCAUCACUUCCAAGCUAUUGGAAUCCGGCCACAGUCCGUUUCUGAGUAGGGUUGAUGAAACGGUGGAUCUUGUCCUCGAGGUGUUAGGGGGGUUCUGA